AAUAAGUCCAUCUGUGAAUUUUCCUUGCUACUAAAUAUUACACAGUCAACUGUCAGUGGUAUUAUAACAAAGUGGAAGCAACUGGGAACAACAGCAACUCAGCUAUGAAGUGUUAGGCCACGUAAAAUGACAGAGCGGGGUCAGCGCAUGCUGAAGCGCACAGUGCGCAGAAGUCAGCAACUGUCUUCAGAGUCAAUAGCUAAAGACCUCCAAACCUCGUGUGGCCUUAAUAUUAGCACGACAACAGAGCUUCAUGGAAUGGGUUUCCAUGCCUUACAUCACCAAGUGCAAUGCAAAGCGUCGGAUGCAGUGGUGUAAAGCACUCCGCCAUUAGACUCUAG